GUGGGACCCACGUGGAAAUCCGAAACAAAGACGGCAGUUUCAUUUCUCUGCUUCCUGUUUCGUCUUCCUCAUCCAUCUGCUUCUCAUCAUUUCAAUCAAUUUUUCCCAAAAAUUCUCCAUUUCUUCCCCUUUUCCCUCUCUAUUUCUUUCUCUCACUUCCCACUUCUUCUUCUCUCUCUAGAAAACCAUCUCUUCUGAAGCGAGACAGAGACAGAGAUGGAUGGAUGGAUGGAUGGAUGGAUGGAUGGAUGAUUUGCGCUUUCUCUUCUUUUGGGUCUCUCAAAUUUCGCUUCAGUUUAUACUUUAAUCAUAGCAAUGGCAGAAGAAUCUAGGGUUCCUAACUUCUGUUUCUUCAUCGCCUUUUUCUCUGUUAUUUUCUUCGCCCCCAUUAUGCUUGAUUUCAGCUAGGGCUUUCAGAGUUCGAGAUUUCGCCCAUUUGGGAAGAUGGAAGAGGUUGAAGAUGCUAAUAGGGAAGCUGUUGAGAGUGUUCAUAAAGUAUUGAAUCUGUUGACUGUGACAUCGCCUCAAGAUCACUCGAAGAUUACGCGUUGUUUAAUGGCGGGAACUGGAGAGGCUGUGUUUAAGUUUAGGAAGGUUUUGUGUCUUCUUGAUUCUGUUGGGUUGGGUCAUGCAAGGGUCAGGAAAAAGAAGAAGAUCAUGAACUUUCAUCUUGAUUCCUCGCCUUCCCAAUCAAUGUUCUUAGAAUCUUCUUCCCCUAAUUGCAGAAUGGACCUUCUCCAGGGUAGAAAUUUGCAGAUGGGUCCUCACUCAUCUUUGGAAUUGAACUCAAAUGUCAAACACUGUUCAAUCCAACAGAUUCAACCUCAAUCUGCUGCUGUUUAUCAUCAUCUGCUUCAGAACAGGGUGUUGUUGAAUACUCAGCAGCCUGAAAUGGGGUAUCUUAGGAGCAAUAGUGGUGUUAACUUGAAUUUUGAUAGCUCUAGCUGCACACAACACACAAUGUCAUCCACUAGGUCGUUUAUGUCUUCCUUGAGCAUUGAUGGCAGUGUGGCAAACUUGGAUGGGAGUGGCUUUCAUUUGAUUGGGACGCCUCGGUCUUCCGAUCAGAAUUCACGCCAUAAAAGGAAGUGUUGUAGGAGAGGGGAAGAUGGGAGUGUUAAAUGUGGAAGCAGUGGGAAAUGUCAUUGCUCAAAGAAGAGGAAACAUAGAGUGAAGCGGUCGAUCAAGGUGCCUGCCAUUAGUAACAAGCUUGCUGAUAUCCCUCCUGAUGAUUUCUCAUGGAGGAAAUAUGGCCAAAAGCCAAUCAAGGGCUCUCCUCACCCGAGAGGAUACUAUAAGUGCAGCAGCAUGAGAGGUUGUCCAGCAAGGAAGCAUGUUGAGCGGUGUCUCGAGGAACCUUCAAUGCUCAUUGUUACAUAUGAAGGUGAACACAACCAUCCCAGAAUAGCUUCUCAAUUCCCAAAUACUUGAACCCCAUCAAAACUACUACCCGAAAAGGAUUCGAAAACCUCCACGAAACAUAGCGGAACUCGAGAGUUGCUGUACAUAUGGAAGAAGAAUACUUAUGGAGCUCUGCAUUUUAGCUCUUUUGAGAGGUGGGUUUGCUUGCAAAAGCCUGUUUUAAUCACAUCUGGCAAUUCUGAAGCUCAAAGAGAAUUUUGUGGAUUAGGGUGUGAAUGUAAAAUCUUGAAGAACUCUCAUCCUUCUCUGCAAUUACUGCUUCGAACAGCUUUUCUUAUUCUAAAUUAAUGGAGAAGUCCUCAAGAGCAUUUUUC